AUGGGUCAAACGAUCCAGAUAAUUUUAUAUGCGGGUUCAGGUAAGUUUCUUGUUUCAGCCCCGGAGGUGUUGUUGCGAGUGGAGCCCUACGGUCACGCGGCCGAUUGGUGGAGUCUGGGGGCGACCGCCUGCUUGAUGUUAUCGGCAAAGCUUCCAGAAAUCCAGAUGUUGUCGGAUAUUCCCGAAGAGCGGUCAACAGUCAGGGUGCAAAUGCCAGAAAUAUCCGUCGGUAUGGCCGCCAGGGAUCUACUGUUGCGCCUCCUGGAGGUCGAGCCGAAAAACCGGAUCAAGUCGGUUAGAGCAUUAGGGAAUAUCGCUUUUUAUAAAGGGUAUAAGUUCGAAAAUGUCAAGGGCGAAAGGGUUAAAGCUAAAGAUCUGUUGGUGAAGUAUUUUGGCGAGAACUAUAUGAAGCGCAGAGACGAUUCGCAUGAUUUUGAUGGGUUUGAUGAAGUGUUCAUCGGCGAGGAGGAAGGUUUAGUUGACUAAGUUGCUUGUAUAAUUUUUUCUAGAGUAGUAUUAAUUAAUACAUAUAUUUUUUAUUUCAUUAUUAAAAGUUUAUACGAAAAACAA